CUUCGAAUCUUCAAAAUUCCCAAAUAUAUAUUCUCAUUUAAACACGUAUCCAUACCGAGAAGAAAAAGAGCAAUUGCGUGUUGAGAAAGAGAAGAAUGAGAAUGUGAAAAAGGAGAGUGUCAGUAUAAAAAAAAAAAAAAAACAUAUUAGCUAUUGUGAGCUAGAUUGAUAGGUCAUCGGACCUAGAAUUAGUCGGAUCGUAUGACUUGAGUUUAAUGGCUCGGUAAGAGACACUACCACACAGUUCCUUGCUUCAACUUAUUUCGUUAUUUAUAAAAGUGAAGGAAAAAAGGGAGUAGCAACCACGAAGACAUCGUUAAUCAUAGUGAUUCUACGCGUGAUGCUAAUUGUUACAAUGGAUAUUGUACGAAGUAAAAGAAAAAAAAAACAUGUGAUUAACUUUGUAGAAACUCACAUAGGACUGACGAACUUUACUUACUAUAUUAUAUUAUUGUUUUAGUGCCUAACUAUUUUUACGCGAAUAGAAAGAGAGCAGACGAGUGAAUGACCGCGCGAGAGAAAGAGAGAAAGAAUGAAACUAAAAUGCCGUGUGUGAAUUGAGAGACAAGUUUCCGUUUUUUAGCCGCCGUAUUUGUGUCUCGAAAUGCAAACGCAUAAGAAACGAAUAAUAAAUACGAAUAAAGUAAGAAAGGAGGCGAAAAGUACGAUAAAUGCUCAGAUACCAAUUUUUCCAUACUCGCGUGUGUACAGUUGGCGGACUGUAAUAGUGUGCCAACUGGAGGCUAUUAUUUUUAUACUUUUAAUUAACGACUGUGAAAAUGAGAGCGAGAAAGAUUGUUGAAUAGACUGUGUCGACUUUAGCAGCUUCCUUUUUUUCUCGAUGAUAAUUAUCUUUCAUUGUCGUUGUAUUAUAUUUGAUCACUAGACUUACCAUCAGGUUCCCUGGCCAUCACGCCACCAUGCGGCCACCGAUGACUAAGAACGAUUGUUUUAUUAUCGACAUACAUCCGACACAAUUUGUAUAUGUAUAUACGUAAUUACGGCAUCGUGAAUUAUUUAAAAAAAAGUUAGUUUAAAUGUACAGAUAAAUCUGUGUAACACGAUAUCUGCGAUAAUGUGAUCCGAUUAAUAAAUACGAUAUUACAUAGCGCAAGUGAUUUUCCAUUGUCCCCAACAAUUGGAAAUUAUACAUUUUGAUUGAAUGUUUGAAAUUGAAUAUUUUGAUUUAAAUGAUAUUUAUCCGAUAAAUUUAUCUUUCUAUUAGAUUGUUCAAUGUAUUAUUAUUAAUUUGUCAAAUUAAAAUUUGAUACAUUUAUAUAUAGAAAAUUUUUUAAAGUUAGUGCACUAUAUAAAUCUACGAAAAUAAAAAUAAAUUGUUGGCUAAUUUAAUUUACAAGGAAAUCGAAACUUAAUUUAGCAGCAGACAAGAAUUCCGCAGAAAAUUAUUUCCUUAUCUAUUCAUCGAAGGACACAGUAAUUCAUAAUAUAAUAAAAGUCAAAAAAAGAAGGAAGACACUUUGAAAAACGAUCAUUUUCUGUAUAUCCAAACAAUAAUAAAAAAUAUCGAUUCCUUAUCAAAUAAAGGAUCGUAAAGAUUUAUUUUCUCAUUCGAGGAUCGCCAUUAACACCGAUAUAUGUAUACGAGGUCGUCGAUUGAAAUUCAACUGCCUUCGCGUAUCAUCGUUGGAAGUCCAGGAACGAAACUUCCGGAUAUUUCAUCGAAGAAAAAAGAAGGGGAAGGACCUUGUAAGAGUUCUGUAAGGAACUCAUGAUAUAAGCGACAAGUGAGGUUAACCCAGACUUACUAUGGAACGUUCUUUAUUUCCCUCUUCGUUUAUUUGUCAAUGACAGAUACACAGAAGUGAAAGGUAUGGAAGAUCUGAAUCAGGAAGAAGAGUACGAUCCCAUCAAACAUCGUGCACCAGAAGCAAUGACAUCAGAUUUCGUUGCGUUGCUGCAUCUAUUCAAAUGUUCUUUGGGCAAUGGUAUAUUUUUUUUGCCAUAUGGAUAUAGACGAACUGGUUACAUCGUGGCAAUAUUUUGUGGUUUCUUUGUUGGUACAUUGUACAUGCACACGAUUUAUAUAUUGGUGCAAUGCUCUCAGAUAUUGUGCAGGCGCAAUCGCGUACCGAUGUUGGAUUUCGCCAAAACAGCAGAGGCUUCGUUUCUCAGUGGUCCACUGAAGAUUCAAAAGUAUGGAAGAACGUUCGGCGUUUUGAUUAAUGUGGUCGUUUGCCUCAUACAUUUGCAGGGUACCACGAUAUCCAUCCUUUAUGCGUCCACUUUGUUCCAGCAAAUGAUCGAAUAUUUCUCCGAAGUCGAAUUGAAUCUUCGAUUCUACGUAAUUGGAAUGUAUCCAUUUGUCUGUUUAUUUGCUUUUCCAAAAUUCAAGUAUCUGGCGCUAUUGACCAUGCUCGGUUCCAUAUUCAUACUGACAGGCAUUGCCGUCACCUUGAAUUAUCUCAUCGAGGAUUUUCCUGAUCCGAACAGAUUGGAAACUUUCACUCAACUAAUCCCAAUCCCUACGUACUGCAACUUAUUCCUGAACGCUAUGCACAACGUGACCGUGACCAUGCCGCUCGAGAACAGGAUGAGGACUCCGCACAACUUGCCACGAAUGUUAAUACUCAAUGCAUCGUUUAAUAUCUUAUUGUACACGACAUUCGGAUUCCUCGGUUACAACAAAUAUAUGUACGAUGUCUACGACACUGUAGUCAAGAAUCUACCCGUCGAUGUACCACUCACGCAAACAGUGAAAAUAACCAUUGCCCUGGCUGCUACGUUCUCGUUUGGAAUAGCUUAUUUUGUACCAGUCUCGAUAAUAUUGCCCAAGAUCCAAAAAAGAUUUGGCAAAAUAACUGAACAUUAUGAUGAAAAUAUCUUCCGUAUAAUUGGAGCAACAGUAACAACAAUAUUGGCAAUUACAAUUCCGCAAAUGUUGCCUCUACUAGGAUUUCUUGCAGCGUUAAGCAUGAGCACGAUUAUAGUAUUGAUCCCUAUAGUGAUAGAAACAGCGACGAAAUGGGAGACUGCCACUCGAUUUCUUCUCGCAAAAAACAUUGUUAUUUUUAUAAUAUGGAUGGUGUUAUUCUCAAACAAUGGAAUAUCUUUUUCAAUGAAAAUCAAAAGUAACGAGGUUUGAGUUCAAAGAUUUAAAUGCCAUUAUUUAAAUUUUUAUAAGGUGUAUGAGAACUUUGAGAAGUGCAAUUACAUGAGAAAUCAAAAAAUGACAUUUCAUCUAAGACAUUUUGCAUUUUCUCGAUUUCGUCAUACGAUAAUUAGUAUUAGCUAUUUUAUGUUAUUUCCAAAGUUAAUCCAAAAUAACAAUCUAGUCAUGGUCUCGAGUGUAAUGAAACGACGAGGGAAUGUAAAUUAUUUCGAAACUAAAAAAAAAACUUGCAAAGAAGAAAAACUUCAACUACUUAUUUAUUUAGCUGUGAAAAAUAAAAUGCCAAAAGUUUGAUCUGCAAUUUAAUCCGCACGCCAGAAGUCUAAUGAAUGUUUAAGCAAUGGAAAAUUAUUCUGAAAUCGUGUUCGCUGGAACAUUGAUUUCCUGUGUUUUUCUGUAUCCAGAUAAUGUUCCAGUCGAGUGGAUUGGAAAUUUGUAUAAAUCGUCGAUAUAAAAUAAUAUGGACGAAAAAUUUUUCGGGUCGAUUUCGAUUAUUUCCUUUAAUUUGUAUUUUAUAGAGUUUUGGAAUAAUCGAGAGUGCAGUAAGGAUUAUCAAAGAAUACAAAUGAAUACGAUACGAGAAAGAAAAGAUGCUGAUUAUCGAAGUUGAUUAAUAAAAAUGGCACUAAUUUUCUUUGCUGCAUCUGUGAAGGGACUCAAAGAAAAUGCAAAACCGAUUUGCAAGCCGAUAAAUUAUUUUGCAACACAAAAGUGUACAAUCUUACGGUACAAUUUAACUGCAAAUUUCAUUCGUUGUUGUUUUAUUGAUUUAAUCCUUUGUUUAUUAUUUAAUCUAAAUAUAAAAUACAGAGGAAAGUUAGAAAAUACUUGAAGCAAGAAUAAUAUAACAAACAAUGAUACAAAGAUAAAUAAGAUAUUGUUUCAAUUGUUAUGUGUAAAUAUAUAUUUGUAAAAAUAUAAUAUUGAUAUUUAUUGAUAUUUUUUUUUUUUAUUUAUGAAUGUGAGUUGAUACUUACGCUUAGCUACUUACAUCAAGUUAAUUACAUCAUCGUGAGGAAAAGAUCUGUAGAUCAUGGAAAAAUAAUAAAUCGAAAUGCUUGGAGCCCACGCGGUUUUUAUUGAGUCAUGAAUAAUUUAAUAUUCAUAGCAUAGAUUUGAAUAUUUACGCGAGCAAUUAUACGAAUGCAUUUGUGCUAAUCGUUUUUAUUGAAACGAUCUUCGCGUAUAAAAACCGCGUAUGUAUUUUUCAAUUUUGUCUAUUAACACUUUCUUAUAAGAAAAAAAAAAAAAAAAAAAUUAUAUUUGGCUCUAA